AUGAAUUUAAUUAAUUUAAUUUUAUAUUUUAUUUUAUUUUGGAUAGUAUUUGAUUUUAUAAGAAAGAAUCGUAGAAUAAGUUUUAAUGACCCACCAUCACCAUGGGCAUUACCAAUUAUUGGACAUUUACAUAAAUUAAGUUUAAAUCCACAUAGAUCAUUAACAGAAUUAGCAAAAGUUUAUGGUGGAGUUUAUUCACUUCAUAUUGGUGAUUCAAAAACAGUUGUUAUCACUGAUGUAAGUGCAUUUAAAGAUGUAACUAUUAAACAAUUUAAAAACUUUGCAAAUAGACCACAGCCAAAAAGUAUUAGAGUAAUUACAAAUUUUAAAGGUUUAGCAUUUGCAGAUUAUGAUCAAUGGCAAAAAACUAGAAAAUUAGUAUCAUCAGCAUUAACAAAAACAAAAAUUAAAACUUUUAAUAAUUUAAUUGAAAAACAAACUGAAAAUUUAAUAGAGUCAAUGAAUGAAUUUUCAAAUAAAAAUGAAUUGUUUCAUCCAAGAAAAUAUUUAACAAAAUAUUCAUUAAAUAUAAUACUAAGUAUGUUAUUUAGUAAAGAAAUUGGAAAGAAUGAAAGUAUUAAUAAAGGCACAAUGGAAAGAUUAACAAUUCCAUUUAAUGAAGCAUUUAAAAAAGUUGGUAAAGUUGAUGAUUUCCUUUGGUUUUUAUCACCAUUUUUUUAUUUUUCAAAUAAACAAUAUAAAAAAUAUAUUUUUGAUAUUUAUUAUUUCAUGGAAGAGAUUUAUGAUCAACAUUUAUUAGAUUUGGAUUAUAAUGAACCAAAAGAUUUAUUGGAUCAACUAAUAAUUGCAAGUCAAGGUAGAGAAAAAGAGACAGUAAUAUUGGUCGGAAUGGAUUUCCUAUUGGCAGGUUCAGAUACACAAAAAGCAACUCAAGAAUGGUUUUGCCUUUAUUUAAUUAAUAAUCCAGAUGUUCAAAAGAAAGCAUAUCAAGAAUUAAUAAGUGUGGUUGGUAAAGAUUGUAAAUUUGUAACAUCAAAUCAUAUUGAAAAUUGUCCAUACUUUAUUUCAAUUAUUAAAGAAGUUUUCCGUAUUCGUUCACCUGGACCACUUGGUUUACCAAGAAUUUCAAUUGAUGAUACUUAUUUAAGUAAUGGUAUGUUCAUACCAAAAGGUACUCAAAUACUUUUAAAUAUAUUUGGAAUGGGCAAUUUAUUAGUUUCUGAACCUGAUCAAUUUAAACCAGAAAGAUGGAUAAAUUAUAAAAAUCAACAACAACAAAAACAACAACAACAACAACAACAAGUAAAUAAUAAAAAUUCAAUUGAUAGUAGUGAAUCAAGUAAUUUAGAAUUUUUUGAUGAUUUAGAAAAAGUAUCAAAUCCAUUUUCAUUAGGACCAAGAAAUUGUGUUGGUAUGGCAAUUGCAAAAUCUUCAAUAUAUUCAGUUUGUAGUAAUAUACUUUUAAAUUUUGAAUUAAGUUCAAUAAAUAAUCAAAUAAUUGAUGAUAAUGAAGUAUUUGGUGUUUCAAUAAAUCCAAAAGAAUUUUCAAUUAAAUUAACUAAAAGAUAA